GAGAGAGAGAGCGCGAGAGACAGAGAGAGAAAGAGUGGGUAAGGCAUACGACUUCGUGUCUAUACAUGAAAGCGCUCGGUGUGAAACGUUCGAGCAAAGAGAGGCGACUCGCGAAUCGAACGACUAGUUUCGGAGCCUUACAGGUGCUCUCUCUCUCUCUCUCUCUCUCUCUCUCUCGGUGAAAAAGUUUUGUUAACCUGUUGUAAGGUGAGAGAGUCGGGGACUUUCUCUCUCUCUCUCUCUCUCAACAAUGCCGAGAGCUUUUCUGGUUAAAACUCGUUGCUGUAACUCCAAAAUCCCGAACUGGAGUGAAGUCUCAGACGACAGGAGGGCUGACAUUUAUAUUCCACAUCCGCUGGAGAUCAUAAGAUACAGGGAACCGGAAUACUCGGAUAUUCCGUUGUGUUUGGCGAACGAGGACGGGACAGAGAAGGAAUCUGCUUACGACACGGACUCGGGCACCUCGGUUCAAGACCUAGAGAACACGAUACACGUGCGGUUACCGGGCAGCGCAGAGACGACGUUUGUUCGGUCUAAGAUCAAGGUGACCACAGGGGAGUGUGCAGAUGAGCUGCUCACUUGCGGUCUGUGUCAGAAGACCUUCCAAUUCCAACGCAUGUUGAACCGUCACAUGAAGUGCCACAAUGAGGUGAAGCGCCACCUGUGCAACUUCUGUGGGAAGGGAUUCAACGACACCUUUGAUCUCAAGAGACACGUGCGGACACACACAGGAAUCCGUCCGUACAAGUGUAACCUCUGUGACAAAGCAUUCACUCAGCGCUGCUCAUUGGAAUCCCAUCUCAAGAAGAUCCAUGGAGUGCAACAGCUGUACGCUUACAAGGAACGCAGAGCCAAGCUCUACGUGUGUGAGGAAUGUGGCUUCACAGCCAAGAGCCACGAAGGUUAUCUCCUCCACAUGAAAGAAAGUCAUCCAGAUAGUCCGUCCCUGAAAAAAAACUCCAAAAAAGUCACCGUCGCUUUGAAGUCGACCAUUAAUUCCCUACUGGAGGGUAAUGGGAGCUGAUGGCUUUUCUCUUUCUCCCUCUUCUCCCCCUCCUCUCCGCCCUCCCACCUGUA